CAACGACACACGGGUGUGAUAAUUUUUUGUGGCACAUCUAGCCUAAUGAAAGAGAAGCCUGGACACUUAGGAUACACCAGAGCAGGGAGAUCUUGACAACAAAACAAAGAGGCCACAAGACCGAGAGGAUACCACACUGUCAACAUGGCACGAAGAAUGCUGGAGAGAGCCAUAUUGGCGGGGCAACAGAUUGAGCAAGGGAAACAAUGGCCACAGAAGUUCUCAGGUAUGCAGAUCAUCAAAGAAAUACCGUUUGAUAUCGAUGCCUUAGGCCCUGUCUACUCACUUCAAUACUCCUACGAUGGCAUGGUUCUGGCUGUAGGAUUUGGCAAUGGUGCAAUCAGGUUAUAUGAGUCUAAAACUGGUAAGAUGCUCCAAGAGUUAAGAAAAGCACGAUAUGGUGGGCUACAGAUCAUGUGUAUGCGCUUCCAUCCCAAGAAUCAUCACAUUCUCCUGGCAGGUACUGCGGAGGGCAAAGUGUUCGAAUGUAACAUUAAAGAUGGCAACAUCACAGAAGUGAUUACAGAAAAAGGAAAUGAAAUUAACUGUCUGGACUUUGACAUGUAUGGUUCAAUGUUUGCAACAGGAGGGAAAGAUCUUGCAAUACGUUUAUAUCAUGCUAACAAUUACAAGCUGGACAGGACUAUUGAGGGCUUCAGCAAUAAACAAAAUCCUACAGAAAUAGAGUCUGCAGGGUGUUCUAUGAGAGUAUUUGCACUAAAGUUCCAUCCAGAAACUGAGCCUAUAUUUGUCACUGGGGGCUGGGAAUCACACCUCAAGAUCUGGGACAGCCGAAUAGGUGACCAGCCUGUGGUUAGGACAAUCCAUGGGCCACAUAUCUGUGGAGACAGUCUGGAUAUCAGGGGGUAUGAAAUACUGACCGGUUCUUGGAGGAAGAAAGAUGCAUUACAGGUGUGGGACUACUCUGAGGGCAAAGUCAAGCAAGAUGUGAAUUUUGAACUGAAUGGAAAAGAUGGGGCCUACCUUUACUGUAGUCAGUUUUGUGACAACAAUGUCAUCAUGGCAUCAGGCAGCUGCACCAAUAGCUGUCAAGCUAUUGACAGGAACACACAACAGGUUGUUGGUGAAGUGAAGUUUGACAAGGCUGUGAUAGCUAUGGACACUGUGGAUGGCGGCAGGCUAUUUGCUUGUGGGGGAGAAGACAAAAAGUUUGUGUUAGGUGGACUUACAGGUUAAAUAAACAAAAUGUCUGGUACAGACAGUUAUUGCAUUGACAGGUGUAGGUGAUGGAAGAGUACCUGGUAUGUGAACUUGAUGAAGUAAGUUUCUAAGCCCUACAUCUAAGAGGCUUCAUUAGCAAAAUGUACAGCACAGUAGAUUAUAAGUAUUUUUCAUUCUACCGCAACAGGGUAUUUUUCCCCAAUGUUUUCAAUUUUAUGAAAUUGAUAUGACUGUAUUAAUCCUUGUACACAAGGACAAGUUAUUGUACCAACUGUUGACCCAAAUUUGUUUUUGUCAAAAAAAAAAGACAUGAAUGUAGCAGUAAAUAUUGCUUUGUGUGUGAUGUUCAGAUGAAACCUUGAUUCCGUCCAAGCCAAGUUUAGCCAAUAUCUACUUAUAAGUGACCUUUCAAAUUUCGACCUGCUCAUAAAAGGGAGGUCAUUUUGCAUGAAGUGUGGGAUAUUUUUGUAUGUAUACAUUGUAUAUAUAUUUUGUGUAUGCCUUGUUAAUAUGUAUUUUUUUCCUACUGCUCUACAUUCCAUUAAUCUAAGCUAUUUUCAUCAUUCAAAACUUCCAAGUCACAUCAUUCAAUUGGAUGGGAAGAAAAGAAACAUUUGAAAUUUGGAAAAAUGUUUUAGAAUUAACAGCUAAAGUGAGAAAAUCAUGUAUACAAGCUGCCUUUCCACUGUUUUCUUAAACUUAAUUAUUUUUAUGUCAUCUUUGCAAAUAAUUGAAAUUUACAGUCUCUUUACCAUGAGUUGCUGAUCUCAAAAUAUUAGCUAAUGACAAAGUGAUUAGAUAAUGCCAGAUAAAAAUGCUGUAUUCCAAGGGAGGUAACUGUAUCAAAACAUGCAUUCCCUCCUAAUUCAUUUUUUUGAAGGUUGUGUUUAUAAUCUUCUGUGAUAAUACCACACAUUGUGUCAAAGAUAUGAUUUAGAUUAUAACCAGAUACCUCAAAUAAAUAAA